GAAGACAGAAAACAAGAUGGAAGUGAAGAAGGAGCAAAUGUAUAUAAGCGACUUGCAUGGAAGACGAUCCAAUGGACUCUCUCUUUGACCUUAACGAAGUGUGCACCUUUCUUCGCGUUUUUUCUUUUGUUCUCCUUCUUUCCAUAAACUUCCUUUAAACGGCAUCCGUGUUAUUCAAUCCUCAUCCAACCUUGAAGAAGCGACAGUUCUUCCGUAUCUUGUGUUACCAAAGGUGAAAAGUUAACUUUUAUAUCUUUCUCUGUUGUUUCGCCGAAGAAACCUGUGAUUUUUUAUUUUAACGUGGUUUUUGUGUCAUGUUCCUGAGGAGAAGAUCCUGAAGACACUUCAGUGAAAAAUGAACGUUCAUCGGGUUUUAUUAACAACACUUCUCAUCAUCUCAUGUCAUAAUUCAUCAAGCCUGAAAAAUGAUCGAGGUGGACCAUCAUUCAAUAAUGCACCAAAUUUCAUUCGAAAUAGCAGAAGAAUCGAAUUAAAUGAAUAUCUGGUUCCACCCCCGCCACCAAGGCCUCAUUCACUAAGAUCAGGAAGAGUAGCAAACCCGUCGCCAACAGAUGCACCAGGAUACUUUUCCAAAUUGAUGAACUGGUUGAACCCCUUCAAUUAUGGAGUUUCGUCUCCAGUACCCCCACCUAUAGAAACACCAUUCCAACCUCGCAGUCCCCCACAGUUUAAUUUGCAAUCUGGUCCACCAUUGCACCCCCCUGGAUCUCUGUAUCCACCUUUGGGUCCACCUCCAAAUCAGCAACCAGCGGGGAUACAUCCUGGUCCACCUAUAAAUCUUCCUUCCAAUCCGUUGCCAGCUUACAAUGCUCCUCCAGCGAUUAUACACAAUAUCCAGCCUUUGAGAAAUAAUCCCGCACCAUAUGUUGCCAUAAAUAAAGGAAAGUCUUGUAAUCCUUGCAAUAGAAUUCCUUGGAUCCCUAUGCAAGGUGGCGGACUACGCGAUGACCAUCAUCCACAUCCACAAAUUUCUAAUAAUGGCUAUCUUCCUCCAAGUAAUCCUAUAAAUCAUGACAAUCACCAUUCAGCAUCCCAAGACAUCAGUGUCCCAAGUUUCGCACAAGGUCCUCCUCUGUAUCCUCAUCCUGUACCUCCAAGUUCCCACUUCGAAUCUACUUUAUCGAAUCCUGAUCAGCAACCAAAUAUACAAAUCAAUGGACAUUCCAAUCUUCGGGGGAAUGAAGAUUUGACAUCCAGUGGGACACAGGCUGGAGAGGGUCGUUUAAGUGCUGCCCCUCAGAAUUAUGGAUCAGGAAUUAAAGAACCUUUGGAAUAUAAUCAGCCUCCGAUUUCUGGACCACCUGAUCAAGAAAAUCAAAAUGGAGGUGGUAAUCAUCCUAGUGUGGCCAAUUUUGGAUCGUCAAAUUUUAAUGAAAAUGAUAAUGGCUAUCACGAAGAAUCCAACGUCCAUUAUGUUCAUACUCAGAAUUUAGAUCCUCUGCCCAGCUUUGGAUCAUCCAAUUUUAAUGAUCAAAGUAAUCAAUAUCCUGAUGACCUAUCUUCCAGCAGUAGUGUCAUCAAAGAUUCUCAGGUACCUGAUAAUUCCAAGGAUUUUGUACACUUUGAAGAGUCUCCAUUAUUAGACCUCACUAAAAAGGAUGAGAUUCACCCUGAUACAAAAUGGCCACCAUCUACUGCCACCUACAAUGCUGAAGAAGGUUUUGAUAAUAUUUUAAAGACGACUACGGAUUACACUUUAGAGACUGAUAAUAUAUAUUUUGAGGAUUCUUCGAAUUUUAUUAGACAGAGCGAAUCUUAUUCCUUGUCGGAUAUCAGGAAUAUUAAUGGUGCUUUGGAAACAACGACUCCCUCAAGUUUGGGAUAUAAUAAAAAUGAGGAUGUUGAAGCAUCAACGAUUAAUACACCUUAUGUAAAUCAUCAAAGUGGAGGAGGGCAGGGAUUGUUGUGGACAAAUUUGGAUUUGAAAAAUGAAUCUUAUGGAAAUCAUGCGUACUCGGAUUCUCUUCCUCAUUGGAAUAAUUCUAAUGAUGGGAAGAAAUUUGAGAAACAAGAGAAUCUUUAUUCAAAGGACGUGGUUCCGAAACAACAAAGUGUAAAACGAAAUAAACAAGUACAAGUUGUUAUUCCGUACACAUCAGAAUACACACCAGUACCAUUUCAACAAUCAUAUGGAGACUGGAGUGUUAGAACUAAUUUUGAAAGAACUCAACCAAGAAAAGUACCUUCUUCUAAUUCUAAUUCAAACAACAUCGAUAAUUAUAUUCAACAAGAAUCAAGAAAUGAUAUUCAAAUUAUCAAUAGUUUACAAUCACAGUACCAUUUUAAUGAUUCCAAUAAAUUAAAUGUUCAACAAGUAAGGACAUCGAUAAAUACAGUACAAAAUAAUAAUACAAGAAAUAUCCUACCAAAAGUGAGCAAUUCUAUUGAUGUACGAAGAUUGCAGAAAAAUAUUGAUAAUUGGACAAUACAAGAGUAUUCAAAGCCAACGACGUCUAACACUGUUCUCCCAAGUUCGCCGCAUCCCUAUCUGUUGCCAUCGAAGAAAAUUCCAACGAAGUACCUGACGACAACAGAACCAGGGGAAUCAAUUGAUCACAACGAAAGUGUGAAAACGUAUUCUUUAGCUGGCUUCAGUUUCAACGAAGUGGAACACGAGGGUUCUGCGAGUAAUCGCAUCGAAGAAACUAGAACGCCGGUCAAAGCUUUACGAGUAGAAACGUCUAAAACAGAGGACAGCGUUUUAGAGAGCAAAAAUAAAUCUGCGACAGAGGAAAAUACGACAUGGAAAGCGUAUUCUGUGUCCGUAUCGCCUGUUGACAAAGAACGAGUUUACGUAGUGACACCACAAACCGUUUCAGAAACGUCUUCUAAAAACAAUCUCAAAGAGAAAAAAGAAAAUGAAACAAAAAUUGAUAAUACAAAUGAUAGUAAUGGAAACUUUAGUGAAUUCGAAGCAAUCGAAAAGGCUUAUCAGGUACUUCCACAGGCAGUAAAUAAUUUAGCGGUUGCCUCCACGGGGAAGGAGAAUAUUCCUUUAUGGGGAAUUAUGGAGCAUGAAGAGUUUGCUUCGUUGAAUUCUGAUGACACUGGGGAAGGAGCGACUGGAGAAGGGCUGGAUGGACCUGUCCUUUAUUCUGGACAUUCAAAGGUUUCACGAGCUAAACGAUGACAUGCAUAUUCAUUAAACAUGAAGUUCAACGAACUACAAUUUAUAAUAGUGAAUAAAUAAUUGACUGUUUAUCAAUAACUUUCAGAUUUGAAAGACUGCCUUUCAUGUUGUGUUAUAAAACACAAAUGAAAUAAUUUUAGUGUCUAAGGUGCUAGUGUAAAACUUUAUACGGCCAGUGUAUGAUUAAAUUAAACAUAAGUCAACAUGGUAAUUAAGUAAUAAGUCGUGAAUAUUGUAUAGUCAAUAUUAAAUAUCAUAUUUUUCUACUUACGUAAUAUUAUUUUUUGUAUUUGUAAAUACAGUUAAAAUUGAAAGUAUUAUAAGCAGAAUGUAAGGUAAUUAUAACUGUAAAUUUUAUUACUCUAAUUGUAUAAAUAAUUAUAAAACAGUAUUUAUAUAUUAAAAAAUCCCGGGUUAAUUUUAUAUGAUAUUUCUAAGUCAUGAUAAUUAAGAAUUUAAUUUUAUUGUGUUUCACUUACCUGUUUUGCAAGCAUUUUUUCUUCGACACAUAAUUUGCUUUCCUAUUUCACUUUCGCUGAUUUUGCAUAAAUGGAAACCAGCCAAAAAGAAGUUAGUCAUUCGUAUUCCGAUGACACGAUGAAUGCACAUUUAUAGGUAUUCCGCGUACGGGUUGGAUUGACAAUGUUUAAGACUUUCCCGAUUAUACGGUGAAAGGAGAUCGUAUUCCGGUUCAUGUUGUUUCAUCAAUUGAAAAGUGCGAGCACAUUUCGUGACUUAAAUGUCAAAUGGUGGUACUCUCUAAUUUUAUUAUACCUAAAAAUAUUUCCAGGAUUCAGGUUGUAACUAGUGCAGGUGUGCCCAGUAAAUAGUACGACGGGCGCCAGGGUUGCCCGCGAGCACAGUUUCGGGCACAGACUCGAACCAGUGGUUUAAAAAUGACUUGAAGUUUAAAUAAAAUUCCAAAAUUCAAGAUCUCUUCUUAUACCUGUAAAUAAUAAUUAGCAAUUUUUAUAUGAAAUAUCUUUUCGUAUUUCGAAUAAUAAAAUAUUAUGGUUUUCUGAAUUACGAAUACAAAAGCAAUCAUCUGUUUUGAACGAAACUGCUAAUAGUAGCUUGUUCUUUUAAUGGCGUGUGAGAACUUUUACCGGAAGAUUCUGAGAAAAAACAACGUAUUGUUAGGAUGAAAGAUCGUGGUUGUUAAGAGACCAGAGCUGCGGUAACGAAACACUUCGUAUCAUUAAGUUCGUUUCUGUGGCGUACGACAUUGAACAAGCACGCGACCUUAAUUAAAUUCCAUAGCAGUUACAUACUUCAUAUACCGUUGCGGUUACUACUUUCCUAUAGAAAGCUCGCCAUACAGAUUUUCAUCUAUACAUAUAAAGAAAAUGUUUAGAAAAAGGAGAAAUUAAAUUUGUACAAAAAGUAUAAUUUCUAAUAUCUUAAAAUAAAUACCAUUAUUUGUUAUAUUUAUAUA